UUUUAAUCGUUUUUCGAGAAAAUGGCGGCGUCUUCUGCCAAAUUUUUUGUACACCAAAAUCAAAAUAAAGCAAAUUCUUCUGGUGCCGAAUCUGUUAUUGCUGAUUGCAAGCAAAUUAAUGGCAGUGAUGAUAUUGCAAGCAACGAAUUGAGAAAUAAACAUUACGUAGUGGAUUGUGCUUCUACAAACGACAGUCAUUCAGCGAACAAAAAAGAAUACGCUGAUAAAAUUCAUUAUAAAAGCGGCACUGACAGAAGGUCAGCAACAACAGUGUCAGGCUUUGGCGCAGAAGUCAGUGAAGCCUUUGUUGACAUUGAGGAGGUGAUUUCCACAAAGACUCCAAUUGUGAACAGCAACUCUCAUAGCGUUGGAGGUGGUGACGGCAGAGGCAAUAAACGUAAUCCUCUGCAGCAGCAUUUUGGAAGUGCUAACUUCACAGCUGUACCUGAAGAAAUCAACAAUUCGAGUGAUAAUAAAUACUUAGCUGCGAACACCCUCAAUAUACCAAAGAAGUUUCAUAACUACGACAACGGCAAUGAGGGGAUAGCUGCUAGGGUCGGAUAUCAAUUACAAACACAAAAUAAUAAACAACAAACGGUGCGUAUCCCCAACAGAGAUACAUCCAGCUUGCAACUUGCUGCAAAAACGCCAAGUCAGUGGACGGAUAAGCCACCGGAUAAGAUUCCAACAAAAAUACUCAACAUACGAGCACCACCAUUGUCAUUGGCGCCAACGUCGUUGUCGUCACCGGCAUCGUCGUUUACAAACUUCGCCAUGAAUUCCAGCCAGCCAACGCAGGCGCCUGGCAAUCGCAUAACAUUUACAAGUCAAACGCUUCCUAAUGGCACCAUAAAUAUUGGAGGGGCUACUGGUCAUCCGGCGGGCUCAACAAUCAUAUCAACGUCGCAGUUACCCAACACAACCACCAUUAAGACAAUAACGUCAAGUGGAGGCGGUCAGCAGCAUCAUGCGCUGCCGCAACAAGUACAGGUACAACAUCAUCAAGUGCUGCAAACUGGCGGACAACCAGGUCUGACAGUGCAACAGUCACAGCAACACCACAAUGCGGCUACCCAAUCAGUAGGUGCUACACAGACGCAAACCUUAGUUAUAAAAUCGAACAAUGCGGUAUCAUUGCCAGCGGGUUUGGUAUCAAGUGCACCAGGAAUAGUUACAAUGACCAAAACAAUCAAUCAGGGAAACCAGCAGCCAUUACUGAAUUCCAUGAUCCCGGCGAGUGUAGUGGUGGGUAUGCGUCCGCCCAAUGCACAACAACAGCAAAAGAAUGUACAAGGCAACACAUUGGGACGUGUAGUAAUCGGUGGUCCUCACAUGGUGGGCACAAGACCACAAAACCCAGGGAUAACACUCAGUACACUAGCACCUGGACAAACGCCUGCACUCAUUUUGAAAACCGAAAAUGGAUAUCAAUUACUGCGCGUUGGCACAGCUAGCUCGGGUCCGGUGACACCAACCAUUGGCGGCAGUGGCAACACUAAUUCGACCAAUCCGGCACAAAUUCGUUUACAAACUGUACCAGCUGCUGUAAGUAGAUUCACAGGGCCUCCUAUAGCACUUCGUAAAACGAUUGUAAGAUCAUCCACCUCCACAACUACCACUACUACCACCCACCACCACCAACAUCAUCAACAACAGCAGCAAGCAAAACAGCACCAACAACAGGCAACAGCGACGAAACAGAUAAAACAAAAUUCGAUGGCAGUGUCCUCGUCCACAUCCAAUAAUAUUGUUGUGAACUCAGUUGCAUCGAGUACAGCGGGCCCCCAUCAUACGUACACGUCCCAGGCGAAUAUCACAUUGCAGCAGCCUCACCAUCACCAGACCACAUUGCAGCAUCAACAACAGCAAUCGCAUUUGCAAUCGCAGCACCAACAAAUUCACCAGCAGACGCAACAUUUACUGCCCCAACCGCAGAUAACCCAAAUUCAAACAAUUCCAGCGCAACAUUCAACCGGUUCCACCGCCUCCACUGGCACUUCGAACACAACGACAAUGAGUAACAACCACAGCGCGGUACUCACGGCCAGUGGCGGCACCACUACCGGGACACCCACAGCGGCGACAACCCAAAGUGCUGCGCAGGGAAAUACCAAAGAGAAAUGUCGCAAAUUCCUGGCUAACUUGAUUGACUUAGCGACGCGUGAACCCAAGCCGGUGGAGAAGAAUGUGCGCAACCUCAUACAGGAAUUGGUAAAUGCGAAUGUUGAGCCCGAGGAAUUUUGCGAUCGGCUGGAACGUCUCCUCAACGCCAGUCCACAACCUUGUCUAAUUGGUUUUUUAAAAAAAAGUUUACCACUUCUGCGACAGGCUCUCUUUACGAGGGAACUUGUAAUUGAAGGCAUUAAGCCGCCACCGCAACAUGUUGCCGGCUUGACAACGUUGCAACAGUUUCCGAAAAUUCAGGCGCAAAUACGUCCCAUUAGUCAAAAUCAAACAACUACCAUUGGGCAAACGCAAGUUAGAAUGAUUUCACCAGGAGGUCUCGGUGCGCCACGGCCCAUUGGGCAUACGACCAUCACUAAACAGCAGGGUGGAAUUCGCAUACAAGGCCCCACUAAUGGGCCGCGUCUUGUUAAUGCCCAAAUCCGAGGACCCAUUCCAGCGUCCAUACAGCAGAAUACGCAGCUACCUACUGCCCCGACGCAAGCGAAUAUUGUGCAUAUACGAGCGCCAACAGUAACUCAAAUCAGCAGACCCGCAACGGUCCAAAUACGUACUACCAAGGGGAAAAACACGCCAUCGGGCAUUACGCACGUCAAAGUCGGACAAACUCAAAUCAAAGCGAUCUCUUCGCCUGUACCCUCGCUCAUCGCAUCCAAUCACCCGCCCUCACUUGCAGCUAUUUCUAACAGCUUGCCACCCUCGUCUACACCAUCCCUGUCCGCGGUAUCAACAAUGUUAUCCACCAUCAAUUCCGUGGCGACAUAUUCCAAUGCAGGCAGUGGGACAUCGCUGCCUACUCCAUCACUACCCAUCGUACAACUGCCCCCCGCCUUAAUGAACAGCAGCAGCCAUUUGAGCAGCAAUGCCUCGAUUGUGGGUAUAGGAGAGAGCUUAAGAAUUGUGGACAACAAAUUGGACAUUAGCGCUAUAAAGCAAGAGAAGAUCACACCUGCCACACCGACAUUGACUGCCACAGCGAACAAGUCAACGGCAAAAUCUGGUGCUGCGUCAGCCAGCAAAGCAUCAAGCAAAAAGAAGAAAGAACAACUGGAUAAAGAAAAGGAGGAGAAAGCGAAUGCUUCGGGCGCUGCUGCAACCGCAGCUUCUUCCUUCUACCAACAGCCCGCUUUAUCGAUGUCUUCCUCAUUAUAUGGGGACGACGACAUAAAUGACGUCGCUGCCAUGGGCGGUGUCAAUUUAGCUGAGGAGUCACAACGCAUUCUAGGUAGCACCGAAAAUAUUGGCACUCAGAUACGUUCAUGCAAGGACGAAGUAUUUUUGCAUUUGCCGGCACUACAAGCGCGCAUACGUGCAAUGGUAAUGGAACGCGGUCUAGAAGAACCAUCACAAGAUGUGGCGGUUUUGAUAUCGCAUGCGUGUCAGGAGCGGCUGAAAAAUAUCGUGCAGAAAUUAGCGGUGAUAGCAGAGCAUCGAAUCGAUGUUAUUAAGGUGGACCCACGAUACGAAAUCACAAAAGAUGUGCGCGGCCAAAUAAAAUUUCUUGAAGAAUUGGAUAAAGCAGAACAAAAACGUCAUGAGGAAUUAGAAAGAGAAAUGUUGUUGCGUGCUGCCAAAUCGCGGUCGAAAAUUGAAGAUCCCGAGCAGGCGAAAAUGAAAGCGCGGGCGAAAGAAAUGCAGCGUGCCGAAAUGGAAGAGUUGCGCCAGCGAGAUGCCAACAUGACGGCGUUACAAGCCAUCGGCCCACGGAAAAAACCCAAACUUGACAACGACGCAACCGGCGCUGGAACGAAUUCGACUGUUGGUGGUGCAUUAGGCGGUUCGAAUACGCCAACCGUGUCGCUACGCCCACGCAUUAAACGCGUAAAUCUACGCGACAUGCUCUUCUUCAUGGAGCAGGAGCGCGACACGUGCAGAAGCCAAAUGUUAUAUAAAGCAUAUCUUAAGUGAUCGAUUUUGUACAACUACUAAGGAAAAACAUAAUACCAUAUGUUCGCUCCGUACAUGUUGAAACUAACAUAACGCCAACUAUAGUCAUUGCAUCCCUUUAUUUUACCAUUUUCUAUUUACAACUAUUGUUUCGACAUAGCACACCUCGUAACAAUUUAUAUUUAUAAUCACAUUUUAAUUGCAAAGUAAACUGAAUGCAACGUUUCUAAUUUUUUAGCUCAACGCUUCUUGUAUAAAAUGCAAUUUUUUUACGAUUGACGCCAAAAUGUUUUAUUAGUUGCGUCACAUAAUAAAGCUGACUAAAAGUUGCUAUUAGGCUGAAAAAGGAUGUGUGGUUAGAUUGGAUGGAUUAUUGCAAUAUUUAGUAAGAACUACACUAAUAUUAUACGUAUUUUUUAUUAUUCUCAUUAUUUUUCUUUUUUUGUAACACUUAACAGCAUUAUUUCCCCUUUUUAUUGAUUUAUUUAAAGUAAAAUAAAAGUUAUAACUUUUAUGUAUGCAACAGAAACGAAAUUUGCAAAAUGAAUUCACUAUUUCUAAGUGAAUAAAGGAUAUGAAGAAGUGGUAUGACGGACGCAAUUUUUAUUUUAAGCAUUUCGUGCUCUUAAACUUGCUUCAAACUAUUUGUAAAUCCACUUUGUUUACGCAUGCAAUUUGUAUAAGAACACAAGCUUAAACACAACUUAAACUUAGGCAGAAGUCAUUGCGUUGAUUCAAAUGAAAUAAUUAUAAAUAUAUAUAAAAAUGGCCUUAUAAAUUUAGGUUAAUAACUGCAAUCUUUUUUACAUUUUGUUUAUGCUGAUUAAAAGUCGUUUUCUAUUGUUUCUUCUGAAAAUGCGUUGUUAGCCACAAGAGAAAGCAAGCAUUAAAAAUCAUAUUUAGGUGUAUAAAUUUUCAUGUAGGAUUGGUAUAUAUUGAAUUAGGAGAUGAAUUAAUAAGCAAAAAUCUUUGGGUGUAUUGUGUGCGUGCCAACGCAUUCCCUCAGCGCAUAUUUGCCGCUGCGCACCCAAUUAGCGUGAAUGCCGCAAAGAGUUUGUGCCGCAAAGCUACAUGAAUGAUGGGCAAUGUUUUACAAAGAGACAAAAACAACAAUUUGGCCUAUACCAGCACAACAUUUACACACACACACACACACACAAUAAGAGCCUGUGAACUAGCGCGUGAAAUUUCCUUAAUAAGCUACAAUUGAACUACUCGUUGAAUCGAGUCCUUAACAAAUUAUAUUUAAGCAACAAAGCUAGCGAAUGAAAAACAAAAAAUGAAAAGUAUUCAACAUUUAUGUAGCUUUGCUGCCAAACCACAGCACUCACUAAAUAAUUCGAGUGGUUCAAAACCAACUUUAAUAUUGUAAGUUCGGACUAGGCUUAAAUAGAAUAUUCAUAGAAAUUUGUAUAUUUGUAAGACUUUAUGGCCUAAAAAGUAAUAUGCCUAAAAUAUUAAUUAUUAAGUUUAAACCAUACAACACAGUUAUACAUUUUAGACUAAGCGAAAACUAACCGAUAAACAACUAUAAAUAGAAGUAAAACAAUAGAAAAUACAUAGAGACAAACUGCUUAUUGUAGACUUAUUUGCAAGGCAUUAUAAAUACUUUUUAACAUGAACACCCAAGAAUAGCAAAUAUAUAUAAGAUAUCACACACCAACCAAUCAAACAACCAGUAACCCUUUCUAAUUAACUUAACGUUGAUAUGAAGAGCAUAAAGAGGAAGAAAAAAAAUAGGGAUUGCGACCACAAUAAUUACUAGAAAUUCUACUGAAAUUGUAGUCUAUUAAACACUAUGUAAAUUUACGUAAAUUAAGCUAAUUUUUAUGGUUUGUCAUACAACAACUUGUAUACUGCAGAUUUAAAGUAUAAAGUUCUUUUGUAAAAUGUAAAAAGUUGAAUAUUCAAACACGGCAAAUAACGAAAAUGCAAAUAGAAGUUGAACAUUAAACAAAAUUUUAAUGCUGGCUGCAACUUAGUUUUAACUAUUGUAUAUUACAAUGAAAUUGUGUAGUUAUAAAUGAAUAAAUUAAAGUAAUUUAUAUAAAACAAACCGGAUGUAUAAGAAACAAAAACUAAAAACGUAAUAAAUUCGUGAAAUAGACACAAGAAGAACCUGAAAAAAUAAGUGAAGUUAUAGCCAUCGGCUAGAUUAAUAGACACAGGCAUGUUUGGUUGUUUUUUUUUUUUUUU